CCUAACAGCAAUUGUGUCGAAACAAGAUAAAACACCACCUGGAUUCGAAGGACAUUUGCAGCUCCUGUGUGAAGUGACACUAGCAUUUCGAUACCGAACUUCUCCGCUUACUCAUAAUAGCAUCGACAUACGCCUACGAGACGAUGCUAGGUCUGCCAGGCUAAUUGCGCUGCUGAAGGGCAGCCAGCCAGACCGCGCAGUGGGUCGCUGCUGCCCGGGCCCCUGCUAUAAUUAGCAUUCCCUAGUUCUUUAUAUCUCAACCGCUGCCAUAAUGCCGAUUUACGACGAGGCGUCCGUGCCCGGCACGGCCGCGGGGCGCAGCACAACCGAUGUGGGUGCCACCGCGGGGGCAAACCCGUUCAACAUCCCAGCGGAUGAAGAAAUCUUCAGGUUUCGGGAGGAGGAGCGGGCCCGGAAGGAGCAGGACAAGCUCAUCGCGCAAACGAUGCGCGUGGCGGACAAGACGACAUUCGCCGCACAGAUGCAGGCAACGGCAACUGCCGAUGCCCGGACACUCCUACGAGAGCUCCGGCCACCAAAGGGGCCCAAGGCAACAACCACUCUUGCAGCCUCUAGUGUAGGCACGCUGGACCGACGGAAAGAGAAGGAGAACAUGGCGGACUUCAUCGCAAAGAAGCGCGAAAUCUUCUUGUUGCAAAUGAGCCUGGACACCAAGCGCGCGGAGAUUAAGAAGCUGGAGGAGCGUGCGCGGCAGCGUGAGGAGGCGCUGAAGAAGUCGGAGCAGAUGCUGGAGGAGGACGCGCUACGGUUCGAUGCGUUCCUGAAGGAGAACGACGAAAAGGUGCAGGAGGCCAUCAAGAAGGCCGAGGCGGAGGCCAAGGCGAAGCAGGACAAGGUGCUGGAGAUCAAGCGGCUAAACACGGCGACGGCGGCGCUGCGCUCCGAGCUGAACAAGUACGAGGAGCAGCUUGAGGACUGCCGGCGCUACAAGGAGUUCCUGGACUCCAUAACGCCGCCCGAAUGGUUCGAGCAGCAGGCGGCUAAGCUGCAGCGGCGGAAGGACGCCCUUGUUGCGGAGUGGCAGUCGCAGUGCGAGGCACUGAAGCAGCGGCGGGAGGCGGCGCUGGCGGCAAAGACGGCGGCGGAGUCGGACUACGCCAACGCGCGGACACAGCAGCAGGCGGAGCGGGCGGAGCGGGCCAUCAAGGAGAGCGUAGCGGCGCUCAAGGAAAUAAUGAAGGAGAAGGAGCCGCAGCCGCCCAACCUGGACUUUGAGAUGGACCCGGAGGACGAGGAGAUGUACUUCCAGGAGCCCGGCCAGCUGCUGGCAGUGUAUAAGCAGCUGGAGGAAUCCAACCUCUUCUACAUACAGAACGCGCAGGAAACCGAGGAGGCGCUUGAGGAGCUGCGGCAGAAGCUGCGGGACACCAAGACGCGCAUGGACGCCGAGGCGCAGGGGCUGCAGGGGCAGGUGUCGACGCUUCAGGCGUCCAUUGUGGCGGCGCGCGAGAAGGCGAAGCGGCUCAAGGACCGCACGCUGGAGAACGAGGGCGCCUUCACGCUCAGCAUGGGAAGCAGCAACGCGCCCACGAGCAGCGUGACCGGCAGCAGCGGCCCUGGCGGGCCCGUGAACCUGAAGGAGCUCGGAGACAAGGUUCGCGAGGUGUAUGUGCGCUGCGGCUUCGACGCGGACGCGUCCAUUAGCACGUUACAGAUGCUGACCAACAUUGAGAUGAAGCUGGAGGAGUAUCUGAACCUGGCGGAGGGCAUGACGCCCGACUAUGUGGACGGGGCGGAGAAGGCGCGCGAGAAGGACCGCCGCAAGGUCGCACGUGAUGAGAAGCUGUCGACGCAGCAUCGCGAGCACGAGGCGCGCAUGGCCCGCGCGCUGGAGCGCGCGGCGGCGCCCGUGUUCAAGAAGACGGGCAAGCCGCUCAUGUUCCGGUCCGCGCCGCCACAGCGCAAAAAGGUGGUGCAGGCGGACGACCGCAACGACGAGGAGGCGGAGCUGGAGGCGUAUCUGGCGCAGGACAUGAUUUAAACUUUGAAGCAUGGCGUCACGGCACUCCUUGAUGCUGACAGGGGUGCAUGUGGUGUAUGGGUGGGGGCCCGCGGCCGGCAGAGUGGGUGAGAGGGGCCUGGGGUCGCCGCAGCAUUCGCAACAGGCGCAAGAGUGCGCAGGGUGGUGUAUGUGGUUAACGUUGAACCAAUCCCGGGUGGUGUAUGUGGUGUGUUGACCAGCGCAGAUCGGCAGGUGGUCCUUUAUAUGUUGCUUGCGUGGUAAUGGAGACUAUUGCAGACGCAUGACUGCUGACCAAGGUUGUGGAAUAAUGAUCGUGUGGGCGGAACGCCCGCCAAGAUGAGACACGAUGAGAGGCACGGCCGAUGGCGCCGAGUUAAGCCAUCACCACGCCCAGUGUUCCGGCCAGUUGUAAUAGAUCUACUGUUACGAUCCCUGUUCGAGACAGGGCUGGGCCCUAACUUAUGCCUCUUACGAGUCUUCUAGUGAAUACGCGGUCACCCAAGUCUCAUCCGUUGGACAUCUCCAACCCCUUGCCAGUCUCCACAGUGAGUUAUGUUCGGGGUGGGCUAGGUACUGCUACACGCCGGCACCGUAUGAGGGGUGCUCGGGAGGAUGACUCAUGGCACCGCCACACGCCAAAAUCAUUGGCCCUACGAAACACAAUUAGCAGUCCGUGUUGAUUCUGCGCUGCACCGCACCUCUCUCCUUUAGAUGCCCACAACUCUUGUCAAGGUUUGUCAUGGACCGCAGGGGUACUAGGCACGGGUACCUGGGGUAAUCUUUUACUCCCGUACGGUACAUCACGCCACACGCGCCCCGCAUGCAUGCCCUAAGAACUGAUGAGUGCACGGCCAGGGCUCCGCUGCAACUCAGUUGGGCCCCUGCCUACCCAAA